UGCGCGAUCAGCGACACCGCUAGCGACACUGGCCACGAGCCGGGUAACAACACGACAUCGUCGUUAGCGGAGGCACCAGGCGGAGCGGCCACCAGCAGACAGCAGGAUGGACGGAGUUUGUCUUCCCGAAAUGUCAAGAUGAAAGUCGUGUUAGGCCACGAUCCUUCGGCUCUGCCAAUAGCCGGUCUAGUAGUCGGUGAUUACACUUCACUCGUGAUAUAUUAUGCUCAACAAUAUUCCAACUUCGACGUGUCGGUUCGCAACUGUUUUGCCCAUGACGGCACCGGACACUACAAAGUUGAUCUCGUUGAUGAUAAUGGGUGUUCCACGGACCCAGAAUAUGUGAGUCAGCUAUAUGUAGAGUCCGCGCAGUACAGCGGUGAACACAGAAUUUACACGACAUUUCGUGCCUUUAAGUUUCCUGAUCGCCACAACGUCUACUUCCAGUGCCUAGUAGACGUCUGCUACGGAAAAUGUUAUAAGAGAGCGUGCACGCCUUACAGUGCCACACUGCGGCCUCGCCAGGGAGCGCACGAUGAUUCCCAUAGUUUCAACGUACGCGUUAAACGAUCUGCAACUGAUGGCCGGGUGACGAACGCAGCGCAAUCCCAGCAAAACACGUCUAGCGCUCUGACGGAUGAGUACAUGGUAGAACAGGCCGAGCUGUUCCGAGCUCUUACGAUCCUGCUUCCGGGAGAAAAACUCCUUCAUGCGGUGCCAUUACUAGGACCACACAGAGAUAAAGACGAGCCCAAGAUGUGUCUCUCCGGUGCCGGCGUCGUGUGGGGAACAUUCGCGAUGUGCGUCAUCAUCGUCAUCGUCGCUGUCGUCCUCUGCUGCGGGCGCGCUGGAGUUAAGCUACUCAACCCAUUCAACCAUGUGUGUUAGUCGCCAUUUUACUGU